GUCGCUGUGUUUGCAGACUUGUUGCGGCCUGCUCCACAUCUAGCCGCGGCCUAGCCUGAUAUUAGGAUCCCGUUUAGACGGGCCUGUCGUGCAGAAACAUGAACCGGGAGUAACAGCAACUGUAUUUUUACUACUGUGGUGACUGUCAUUCAGAAUAUGGGGGAAGAGUACAAAAUCCAGGCGUUUGAUGCUGACACACAGAAUCUCCUCAAGACUGCGUUGAAAGAUCCAGCAAGUGUAGAUCUGGAGAAGGUGGCCAAUGUGAUCGUGGAGCAGUCCCUGAGGGAUGCUACAUUUAGCAAAGAAUCCGGGAAAAUGUGUUACACCAUUAUUCAGGCAGAGAGCAAGCAAACAGGCCGAAGUGUCUUCCGCAGCGCAUUGUUAAACAGACUGCAGUGUGAAUAUCGGAAUCGAGAGGAGAUGAGAGCCCGGUCUGUACAAGAGUGGGUGUGCUAUGUCUGCUUCAUCUGCAAUGUCUUUGACUAUUUGAGAGUCAAUAAUAUGCCGAUGUUGGCCUUGGUUAAUCCUGUGUAUGACUGCCUUUUCCAGCUGGCACAACCUGAGAGUCUGCAGAGAGAGGAAGAGGUGGACUGUCUCGUUCUGCAGUUACACCGUGUUGGGGAACAGUUGGAGAAGAUGAAUGCGCAAAGAAUGGAUGAGCUUUUCUCCUUUUUAAGGGAUAGCUUCCUACUUCAGAAUGGACUGGGGUCAUUGGCGCAGCUUCUCCUGCUUGAAAUGAUUGAGUAUCGGGCAGCCGGCUGGAAAAUGACAGAUGCUGCACACAAAUAUUACUACAGCGAGGUGUCUGAGUGACAUGGGUUUGAGGUUGAUUUUAACAAAAGGACCUUUUUAUUUCGGUUACCUGCCAGAGGAGCCAGUACACACUGCAAUAAUUGUAUUCUUGUUU